GGGCACUCCUGCACCGGGGAGCGCGCCCCGCCGAGUGCCCGGCGCCGGAGGCCCCGGGAACAUCUGGCGCGGCCGGCUCGUUCAGGAGCGCUCCGCGUGCCGCGAGGGGCGUGUCCCGAGGUGUCGUGGGCGUGCCCCGGGCGGGCGGUGCCGGGCGGGGCGGGGCAGGGCGGUGGUGCGGCCGCGGAGCGCCGGGCGCCAGCAGAGCGCGGGUAGCGGCGGCAGCAAUGCUCAACUGCUGGGGAGCUGCACUGGGCGCCGCCGUCUCCGUCCCCGUCCUCCUUUACGUGGCAGCGCCCUACAUCAGGAGGUAUGUCGCUGGAGGACGGUGUAAGUCGACAGCAAAGAUGGAGGGGAAGGUGGUGAUAAUCACAGGAGCCAACACAGGCAUCGGGAAGGAGACUGCCAGAGACCUCGCACGGAGAGGUGCAAGGGUGAUCAUUGCUUGCAGAGACAUUGCAAAGGCAGAAGCUGCAGCCAGUGAAAUCCGAGCUGAGACAGGGAACCAGCAAGUCAUUGUGAAAAAGCUGGACUUGGCUGAUACGAAGUCCAUCCGGGAGUUUGCUGAGAAAUUUCUAGCAGAGGAGAAGGAACUCCAUAUUCUCAUUAAUAAUGCUGGGGUAAUGUUAUGCCCUUAUUCCAAGACUGCUGAUGGCUUUGAGAUGCAUAUGGGAGUCAAUCAUCUUGGUCAUUUUCUCUUGACUUUCCUCCUGCUGGAGCGUCUGAAGCAGUCUGCCCCAGCCCGCAUAGUGAACGUGUCCUCACUGGCUCAUCAUGGAGGCCGAAUCCGCUUCCAUGAUCUCCAUGGUGAGAAGAGCUACAAUCGUGGCCUCGCCUACUGUCACAGCAAAUUGGCUAAUGUGCUCUUCACCCGGGAGCUGGCGAGGCGGCUGCAAGGCACUAAAGUCACAGCAAAUGCUCUCCAUCCUGGUUCUGUCUAUUCUGAGUUGGUCCGGCAUUCAUGUCUAAUGACUUGGCUGUGGAAGAUAUUCUCCUUCUUCUUGAAGACACCUUGGGAAGGAGCUCAGACCAGUGUCUACUGUGCAGUAGCUGAGGAACUAGACUCUGUGACAGGACAGUAUUUCAGUGAUUGCCAGCCAGCAUACAUAUCUCCACGUGGCCGGGAUGAUGAGACAGCAAGGAAGCUCUGGAACGUGAGCUGUGAGCUCCUUGGCAUCCAGUGGGACUGAGCAGCGCAGACCUCCUGUGUACCUGGCUGAAUCCAGUGAAGCUUCUCUGGGGAAGAGCACUGAUGAGAGACCUCAGGAGUAGAAUGCUGUAAUUCAGCUGCCCCAAUGAUGGCUCUGUGGGCACAACCUACUUUGAAUUUCUGGAAUACUACACUUAAGAAUUGAGAUUUGUAAGCAAUCACUCCCUCUUCCUAGCUGGAGAAUUAAAGCACUGAUACAGGGAGCAACCUUUGCUUGGUAUCUCACACAACAGCCCAAGACUAUUGUCCUCUGGCUUUAGAAUAGAAAGGGAGGUUGCAGUCUUAGGUUUAGAUUGUGAAGAAAAAAAAAUCACCUUAAAUAAAGUUUGGUUGUGUUUUCUUUCCUAACAGCAAUAGUAAAAAGGUAGGACUCUAAACUUAUGAUCUAAGGUUAUGUUCAGUUCCUACAGUUUGACUUGGCAGAGUGAAAGUACUCUAGGAUAUUGAAUUUUCUGGCAAGUAAAUGCAAUACAAAUGCUCUCAAGCACACAGGAACAGGUGUGGGCCUUUCUGUGCCAAGCAAUAGGUAAAGUUUCUAAGUGGAAUAAUUUUUCUCUCUAAGUAGCUGGACUCUAGCCACUGAGGUAUCUUGGCCCUAAGUGCCCACUAAUUGCAUUAAGUUCACUGAGGGCUGGGCAUAUCUUCUGAGAACUCAGGUCUCAAUGCAGGUGACUGGGAGGUUAAAAGUUGCAGGAGCGCUGGAAUUGUGCAUGGCCACGUUAUCUUACUAAAGAAAUCAGCAUCUCUCCUGUGAAACACUGAGCAAAGAUGGUGUAAAAAUUGUCACAGUAAACCCCCCAGCUGCACUUCAAAGGACUAUAGAACCUAGAAAAGACAGCGAGUAAAAAACAUCUGAACCAUGUUAAAAAAUAUUAAACAACUUCAGCUGAGACUUGAGCUUUAAAUGACACCAAACUGCUGAGCUAAAUAGCUGAAGCAGGAGUUGGGACUAUCUUGGUAUUAUGGUUGAGCUAGCUACAGCACAGGAAGGUAAGAUAUACAGAAAUCCUGGCAUUUGUCUGCCCAGCAGUUACUGGCCUUGGCUGGCCUUGGCUGGCAGUCUGCCUGAGCAGGACCACACAGCUUGCACUUCCACAGGGCAGCUGGGUCAGUCCACAUAGCAAUGGGAUUGCUCCCUUGGACCUCUAGUGCUACUUGGGUGCAAAUUGCUAGAGUCUGAUCCAUAAUCAGAGAUUAUUUCUGAAAGAGUUAAGCAGUCAGAAACCAAGUGCCACAUCUCAUUGGAUUAUCUUCUGCUUCUGAAAAGAAGUCUGGAAAUUUUUGGACUUGCAUAUGAGCCUGCGACUCUGACCAACUGCCAGUUUUGGGAAACAAAUGCUAAUUCUAAUUUUUUCUGUCUGGAUGUUAUCUAUGCAGAUCAGUCCUGUGCUACCUCUGAGCAAUACUAAAUAAAGCUAUUUUCCUUUUACAA